GUCAUCGGUCGCUCCGGAUCCCACCGUGGCCCACCAGCAGCGACACAACGCCGCCGAAAAGGACCAUUCACCGGCAGCAAUGCCAUGCGGAGCCUUCGAUGCGAACCAGCCGCGUCCGACCCGUCGCCACGGGCUACUACUACUACAAAAGCCAAGGCCAAACAGGCACGGCAAGUCGGCAACCACCGCACCACCAGCGCCAGGCCGCCAAGCGCCAGCACCACCGCGCCGCGCCCAAGCAGGCAAGCACCACUGACCCACCAGGCCACCACCCCACCGCUUCGAGCCGAGGGAGAAGGCGGCGCGGGGCGGCGCGCUCAGGUCGGAGAUGAGGGGCGGAUCCAGACGGGCCUCGGUCGCCCUGUUUCUCCUCGCUGCGUCCGGGAUCUGUGCCCAGUUCACCGCAGUGCUAGCUGGUGAUCCUCAAACAUUCAAUGACGAUAAGAAGGCUGAAGCUCAGCCCAAGGGCCAUACUGGCAAGACAGUUUUGUUCGUCCUCCUAGGAGUGGGGGCCGUCGUUCUGUUGUCAUUUUUCAUUUUCAAGUAUUGGCAGAAGAAGAAAAGGGAGGAACAACAUGCACGUCUACUAAAGCUAUUUGAAGAGGAUGAUGACAUUGAGGUUGAGCUUGGUCUUAGAGACUGAUAAUCUUCAAUGUACAGCAAGAGUAUCUCGGCUGACCAGGUUUUGCUGGCUUGCCUUCAGAGCAUUUUCACGUUAAUGUAAAGAAUUUGUUGUAUUUAAACUUGGUAGACCCCCACAAGAAAGUUCUGUUGUACUUCCACUUUAUAUGAACAUCUCUGCGUGCAGGGUGUGCUUGAGAAUAGCUCUAAGGAGGAAGUAUCAAGGUUUGCAGAUCAUCCUUUGAUUUUUAAAGUUUUCUGAAUAUAUAUCUGUGCAUGUAGUAAAGAAAUUCAUAGACUAUGGUAAUCAUAUCCUCUGGUGUGAUGACCUCCACCGUAUUCCUUUUA